AUGAACGAUGGGGUCAAUGAUGAGCACGAAGAGGCUAUGGAGUCCGGUGGUGGUGGUGUGGAAAUGGUUGUGAAGCAGCUGAUAGAAGCUGUUGGAGAUUUGUCGGUUGUAGCACGUACUUUGGAGCGUUGGCCUAUUUAUGCGCCUCCUUUAGGAGUUUCUCAAGAGCGGCAGGACUCCGAACGUCAAAAAUUCGAGAGGGCCGAAAUCAAGGGGAGACAGCGUAUAGCGGAGCACUUGCGGCGGUUUAUGAGAAAGAGCCGUCGAGUAUGUGAGAUCGUCUCUCCAACGUUUGACUUAACCAAUUUACCGCAAGACCUUAUAAACCACGUCGAUGCGUAUUUAUCGCCGAAUCUAUGGCUCCGUGGAUUGGUAACGGAAGUGCAGUAUGCUAACGACAUCACCCGAGGAGAAUUGGUUGCAUUGGGCUCUAUGCAUUCCACACUCACGUUUUACCUCAACGUUGUUAAACAAUUAAAUGCAACGGAAGGCAGUACAGUUACCGUUCCGGAUUUCUCUUUACCGUUCCUACCGCCUACCGUGCUGCGCCCUCCAGUGGUCUAUGAUGCUAACACCAAUAACAUAAGCAUUCCACACAUCCUAAAAAUGUUGAUUAAACCUAUUACGCCGUACGACCUGCGCCAGGACCCUAAGGAACCCAAUCAGGUAUUGUUCCCCCCGGAAAUCACCGGUAACGACCAAGAUGAGGGACCAGGGGGAGAUGGCGCGGUGAACGAAGAAACCGCGAUGCUGAACAACCACGAAGCCGACGACGAAGACGGUGGGACUCCAGCAGCAGACGACGAAGACAGAGCUCGAGCUGCUAAUGACGGACAACCCCGCGGGCAACCUGCUACAGGCAACCCAGUAGACCAAGCGCGGUCGACAGCCCCGGGCGACGGCGAAGGUUUGUUAAGCGCUGCAUCGGGGAAGGCGUCCACAUCGCAGCGAGAGAAACGCGAACUGGAAGAUGUCAGCGAAACUAGUGCUGGCUCCAAAAUUCGACGGGUAAUUUGA